AUGAAUAUAUAUCGAAGAAAAUUGAAAGAUAUGGAAUGGAAAGAUAAGGUGGCGGGCACGGCUGGGAACGAGGCGCUGUGUCAAGCUGCCAGCGAUGGCCGCGUGGAGGCGCUAAAAGCGCUGCUGGCGGCGGGCGUGUCAGUUGAUGCUAGAGACGGCACCGGCAAAACACCUUUGAUUCUCGGCUCGGAGGAAGGCCACUUGGACGUGGUUCGUGAGCUUUUGAAGGCCAAUAGCAAUGUCAGCAUAUCGGACAAUGACGGCGAUACGGCCUUAAUUCGAUCUGCGGCUCGUGAUCACUUGGAGGUUGUGCAGUUGCUCUUGGCUGCGAACGCGGAGGUGAAUGCGCGAAACAAUAUUGGGAUGACGCCUCUCAUGCAGGCAUCGUGGAUGGGUAACGCGAAAGUAUUACGCGAGCUUUUGAAAGCUAAUGCUGACGUACACCUGAAGGACAAAGACGGAGAUACAGCCUUAAUACUAAGUGUAUAUUUUUUGAAUCAUGUGGAGUCACUACGAGAGCUCUUGGCUACGAAUGCGGAUGUGAAUGCAAGAAACAAUGAAGGGAAAACGGCCCUCAUGAGUGUCUCAUUGAGAGGUGAUGAAGAAGCAGUUCGUGAGCUUCUGAAAGCGAACGCAAAUGUAAACAUUUCUGAUAUUAACGGACAUACCGCUUUAAUGAACUCUGCACGCGGUAGUUAUGUUGAGGUUUUGCGGCUUCUCUUGGCUGCAAAUGCGGAUGUGAAUGCAAGCAACAAAGAUGGGAAAACGGCUCUCAUGUAUGCCGCAGCUAAGGGUGACGUAGAUGCAGUAAGCGAACUUUUGAAAGCGAACGCUGAUAUACACGCUUCCAGCAAUCAGGGAAAUACCGCUUUAACAGUAUCCGCAAAGUACGGUAGUACGGCGGUGCUUGAGUUGCUAGUGGCUGCGAAUGCAGACGUGAACGCAAAAAACCUAAACGGAACAACAGCUCUCAUGUACGCCGCAGCAAACGGUUCCCCAAACGCAGCGCGUCAUCUUUUGAAAGCGAACGCCGAUGUAAACAUUGCGGACAAGGACGGGGACACCGCUUUAAUGCUGUGUUCAACAGAAGGCACUUUGGAGGUUGUGCGGCUUCUCGUGGCCGCGAAGGCGGACGUGAAUGGACGAAACAAAGAAGGACAAACGGCUCUCAUGCAAGCCGCGUUCAACGGCAACGCAGAUGUAGUGCGCGAGCUUCUGAAAGCGAGCGCAACUGUAAACAUUGCAGACAAUGACGGGAAUACAGCCUUAAUAAUAGCUGCCUAUUCCGGCCAUUUGGAAGUGGUUCAGCUCCUCUUGGCUGCGAACGCGGACGUGAAUGCGAGAGACAAUGAGGGAAAAACCGCUCUUGAUUAUGCCGCCGAGAAGAAACACGACGAUAUACGACAGGCGAUACUGAAUUUCAAGUUUGGUUCGUAA